UGAAUACUGUUUUCAAACCACUUUUCUAAUGCCUUUUAUACAAGAUUUGUAUUUGAAGUCCAUUUUUGUACCACUUUUGUGAUCAUUACGUGUGACCACCGUCUGUGUGACCAUCAGUGCCAUCAUCAUCGGCGUGCACAGGGAUGGCAUCGACCGGUGUAUUGCCGUUCGUGCGCGGCGUCGACUUCAGUCGCAACGAGUUUCAGGACGAGCACUUCCCGCGCGAGGUGAAGGACAUGCGGAACGUGCGAUGGCUGAAACUGAACCGCACGGCCAUGGAUUGGAUACCCGAAGAGUUGGCGGCGGUGACCAAACUGGAGUCGCUGUCGUUGGUCCGCAACAAUCUGGUGACACUUCACGGCGAGUUGGCGUCCCUCCCGUGCCUCCGGUACCUGAGCUGCCGCCACAACCGCAUCAAGAACUGCGGUAUCCCUCCCGAGCUCUUCCAUUUGGACGAACUCCUUGUACUCGACCUGAGUUUCAAUGAUCUGCGAGAAGUGCCCCACGAUUUGGACAAAAGCCGCGGACUCCUAGUGCUCAACAUAAGCCAUAACUCCAUCCAAACGAUUCCCAACCAAUUGUUCGUCAAUUUAACGGAUUUAUUGUAUUUGGAUUUAAGUCACAAUUGUUUAGAAACACUUCCGCCGCAAAUGAGACGUUUAGUGAGCCUCCAGUCGCUUGUGUUGAGUGACAACCCGUUAGCGCACAACCAGUUACGGCACUUACCAUCGCUCACAGCGCUCAAGUCAUUAAGCCUUCGCAAUACGGAGCGUAACCUCCAGAAUAUGCCCAACUCUUUGGACAGUUUGGUGGACCUCACGGAACUGGACCUGUCGUCCAAUGGUCUGCCGCGCGUUCCCGACGCCGUCUUCACGUUGAAAAGCCUGCGACGACUCAACUUAAGUGAUAACUGUUUGACUCAAAUCACGCAUACCAUCGACGAGGACUGGCCUCAUCUGGAAGUGUUGAACGUAUCGCGAAAUAAACUCAAUUCAUUGCCCCAUUCGUUGUGCAAACUGACGAAUUUGCGGCGCCUGUACGUCAACGACAAUCACCUGGACUUUGAGGGAAUUCCCGGCGGAAUCGGCAAACUCUACAACUUAGAGGUGUUUAUGGCCGCCAACAACAACCUGGAGCUCAUACCCGAAGGGGUGGUCCGGUGCGGGAAACUUAAGAAAUUGAUUUUAGCCAACAAUCGGUUGAUUACGUUACCCGACGCCAUACACCUGUUGACCGACCUAUCAGUUCUGGACCUAAGCAACAAUCCGGACCUAAUUAUGCCGCCAAAGCCAUCAGAAUAUGCCAAACGCCUCGAGUUUUAUAACAUAGACUUCUCGCUGAACAAUCAGUUAAGGCUCGCCGGCGCUCCCACUCCUAAUGGUGUCGGCGCUCCCAGUCGUAAGUCGCAAGUGAAAGACCCGAUCGCAAGGAAACUGCGAUUAGUUCGCAGAGCGCGUGAAAACACGACGAAUACCGACUCAUCCAAAGUCCUCAAAGGAAUGACAGAUUUAGCCAAAGAGAAGGAUCGACUGAAAUGCGAGGCCGAGCUCAGCGAACAGGACCUGAAGCCCAAACGCUGGGACGAGGCGCUCGAGAAGCCGCCGCUCGACUACAGCGACUUCUUCGACGAAGACGUCGGCCAACUGCCCGGUCUUACCAUUUGGGAGAUCGAGAACUUCGUGCCAAACCGUAUAGAGGAUGCCCUUCACGGCAAGUUCUAUGAGGGGGACUGUUAUAUCGUGUUGAGGACUGUACUCGAGGACAACCAGAACCUCAAUUGGUUUAUCUACUACUGGAUCGGCUCGCAGGCGGCGCUCGACAAGAAAGCCUGUUCGGCCAUACAUGCCGUGAAUUUGCGUAACUAUUUGGGCGCCAACUGUCGCACCAUUCGCGAGGAGCAAACCGAGGAGAGCGUCGAGUUCUUAGAGCUGUUCCCCGAACCCAUCGUUUACAUAGAGGGCGGACGCACUGCCAGCGGGUUCUUCACUGUGGAGGAGGCGGAAGUGGCGAAUAGGAUGUACCGAUUGCACGAACUCCACAACAGACAGCUGUUCAUGGAGACGGUAUCGCUGGAGUGCGCGGCGUUAGACUCGCGGUUCAUAUUUCUGUUGGACUCCGGGUAUACGAUAUACAUCUGGAACGGGAAGAAGUCGAAGAAUACGAUGAAACAAAAGGCGCGACUUUUGGCCGAAAAGAUCAAUAAAGACGAGCGAAAAAACAAAAGUGAACUCAUAUUCUGCAAUCAGGACGCAGAGCCGCCAGAGUUUUGGCUCGCGUUGAACGCCGGGGAACCGCUCCAAGAGUUACCAGAGAUUAGUGAACACAUAAACGUCGACCAGUGGAGGCCGUACGACGCUAUCGUGUAUAGAGUGGGUCUGGGAAUGGGUUAUCUGGAGUUACCGCAAGUCGAGUACAAACCAAAAUCACUGACGAGAAAGCAUUUCGAGACGAAAAAUGUCUAUAUUAUGGACUGUUGUUCCGAUGUCUUCGUAUGGAUCGGCCGAAAGUCGGCGCGAUUAGUGAGAGCCGCGGCCUUAAAGUUGGCGCAGGAGUUGUUCUCAAUGGUUAACCGCUCGGAGUUUGCGGUCGUUGUCCGGUGUCUCGAAGGCACUGAAACGCAAACAUUUAAAUCGAAAUUCUUGAGUUGGGAUACUGUGGUGGACGUGGACUUCACGCGAACGGCUGAGUCGGUGCAGAGGACGGGCGCCGACCUCACAAAAUGGGUGACUCACCAGCAAAUGAAGAUUGAUUUGUCGGCGCUGUUUAUGCCGCGACAGCCAUCGAUGGCUAAGUCCGAAGCGCAACAAUUGGCCGAAGAGUGGAACGGCGACCUCGAAGCCAUGGAGGCGUUUGUGUUGGAGAACAAGAAGUUCGUGAAACUACCGGAGCCGGAGUUCGGACACUUCUACUCCGGCAACUGUUAUGUGUUUCUCUGUCGCUAUUGGGUUCCCAUGGAGUCGGAGAACGCGUCCGAAGACAAUGAGGAGGACGUUGAGGACGACUUCACUUGUGUGGUGUACUUCUGGCAGGGAAGGGACGCGUCGAACAUGGGUUGGCUUACCUUCACGUUCAGCCUCCAGAAGAAGUUCGAGUCGAUGUUUGCCAACAAACUAGAAGUCCUCAAAACGCAUCAACAACAGGAAAACCUCAAAUUCCUGUCCCAUUUCAAGCACUUCAUUAUCCAUAAGGGGAAGCGACCCAUCGGUUCGGUCAACACGUGCCGUCCCAACGAAGUCGAGUUCUUCCACUUGCGAUCAAACAGUAAUCCAUUGACUCUGCGGUGCAUUCAAAUCAACCCGUCCUCCGCGGCGCUGAACUCCGCGUUCUGUUAUAUACUGAAACUGCCGGCCGAUGAGAGCAACCAAAUGGGCAUCACUUACGUGUGGAUCGGCGCCGAAGCCGAUGAGGACGAGGCGAAGAUUGCCGAACAAAUGGCGCUCCAGAUGUUUGACUCGGACUUCUACGACAUAUCGAUCAUUACGGAGGGCGAAGAGCCGCCACAGUUUUGGCACCGUUUGGGCGGAAAGACAGCCUACGAAAGGGACGCCUCGUAUAUGCGUUACUCGCGACUGUUCCGGUGCUCCAACGAAAAGGGAUACUUCGCUGUGUCGGAGAAGUGCAGUGACUUCUGUCAGGACGACCUCAUCGACGAGGAUAUCAUGGUUUUAGACAACGGCACGCAAGUGUUCAUAUGGCUGGGCUCCCGGUGCAGUGAAGUGGAGGUGAAGUUGGCGUACAAGUCGGCGCAGGUGUACACACAGAACAUGCGAAUUAAGCAAACGGAUAGACCCCGGACUCUGAUGCUGACGAUGAAGGGAAAGGAGACCCGAAAGUUCACGAAAUGCUUCCACGCGUGGAGUCAACACAAGUCGGUGUCCGACCCGCGACUCAUUCUCGACAAACAAAUGCUUGCAAUUAAUUACAACAAUAACCAAACGAAUGGCACGAAUGGUGUGAUUAACGAUUAAUUAGAGCGUGUUUUCUAUGUUUU